AGUAAGCACUAACCACUAACCACUAACAACACCCAAGGCUGAACUGUUAAAGAAUGUCAGUCGCGUGCGGCGCCGAGUGCGUUUUGUGCUUGGGCUGUUCUCGCUGGGCAUGGAAGCGCUGCACAUACGUGGGCUCCGACGAUAGCGUCACUUGGCCACCCGCCACCCCUGACGAGUUCGAACCCGUCCCUCGCAUCUGCCGUGUUAUCCUUGCCGUAUACGAAGAAGACCUCCGCAACCCCAAGUUCCCACCUAGCGGUGGCUACCGCCUAAACCCAGACUGGGUCGUCAAACGCGUCACUUAUGAGGAAACUCAAGGUCACGCACCUCCUUACCUCAUUUACAUUGACCAUGAACACCACGAAAUCAUACUCGCAAUUCGUGGUCUCAAUCUCGCCAAGGAGAGCGAUUACAAGGUCUUGCUUGAUAACAAGAUUGGAAUGCAAAUGUUCGAUGGUGGGUAUGUUCAUCACGGGUUGUUGAAAUCGGCGAUUUGGUUGCUCAACAAGGAAUCGGAGACGUUGAAGCAGUUGUGGAUCGAUAAUGGGUCUUCUUAUAAGAUGAUUUUUGCUGGGCAUUCUUUGGGUUCUGGAGUGGCUGCGCUGCUGGCGAUAGUGGUUGUCAAUCAUCGGGAUCGUCUCGGUGGAAUUCCGAGGAAUCUUGUAAGGGCUUAUGCGAUUGCUCCUGCAAGGUGUAUGUCGCUUAAUUUGGCGGUCAAGUAUGCGGAUAUUAUUUACUCUGUUGUGUUGCAGGAUGAUUUUUUACCAAGAACUGCAACGCCCUUACAAGAUAUUUUUAAAUCACUCUUCUGUUUGCCGUGUUUAUUGUUUGCGGUUUGCGUGAGAGACACCUUCAUACCAGAAGGCAGGAAGUUAAGGGACCCAAGAAGACUUUAUGCCCCUGGACGGAUGUAUCAUAUUGUGGAGAGGAAAUUCUGCAGAUGUGGGAGAUUUCCUCCAGAAGUGAAGACUGCUAUUCCAGUUGAUGAAAGAUUUGAACAUAUUGUGUUAUCAGCAAGUGCCACAUCAGAUCAUGCCAUUAUUUGGAUAGAAAGAGAAACAGAAAAGGCUUUACAAAGAAUGAAAGAGAGCAGUGGCAAAACAAUGACAACAGCUCCGAAAGCACAGAAGCUUGAGAGGUUAAAAACACUUGAGAUAGAACACAAGGACGCGUUAGAAAGAGCUGUCAGCUUGAACGUGCCUCAUGCUGUGGUCCCAGAAGAGCAGCCCAUUGGAGAUUCAGAUUCAGUGGCAUCCCAGGAUCCGAGGAAGGAACCCUCAGAGAGCAGAUCAAAGUCCAGUAGUGGAGGAACUAACUGGGAUGAAGUUGUUGAGAAGCUCUUCAACAGAAAUGAAUCAGAAGAACUUAAACUAAGGAAAGACAUCAGUGCCUCAAAUUAAAAGAUGAAUCUAAUACCUUCAUGUGGCU